UGUCAAUCUGCAAUUAAUUAAUUUACUGAAUUCAUCUAUUGGAAGCGCAAGAUAAUGAAGACCGAUUACUAUGAACUUCUAGAAGUUGAAGUAUCGGCAACUGAUUCCGAACUUAAGAAAGCAUAUAGGAAGAAAGCUCUUCAACUACAUCCUGAUAAGAAUCCUGAUAAUGUUGAAGAAGCCACUCAUAAAUUUGCAUUAAUUCGAGCUGCUUAUGAAGUAUUAAGUGAUUCUAAUGAAAGAGCUUGGUAUGAUGCUCAUAAAUCAUCUAUUCUUCGUGAAGAUGAUGAUUAUGGUUAUGAUAAUGAUGAUGAAGUGGAAAUGACUAUCCCCAGUAUAUCUAUUGAUGAAAUUAUGAGAUAUUUUAAUUCAUCACUUUAUGAAAAAAUUGAUGAUUCACAAGCCGGAUUUUAUAAUACAGUAUCUAGAUUAUUUGAAAGAUUAGCAUCAGAAGAAAUUAUUCAUGGUAAAUCACAAAAUCAAGCAGAAUAUUCCAAAUAUAAAGAUGAUGAUUUAACUAAUAUUAAUGCUAUAGAUCCUUCAUUACUUUUAUUUCCAAGAUUUGGGAAUUCUAAAUCAGAUUAUGUGGAGACUAUACGGCCAUUUUAUAAUUCAUGGCUGAAUUUUUCAAGUGUAAAGACUUUUAAUUGGAAAGAUGAAUAUAGAUAUUCAAUGGCUCCUGAUAGACGAACUAGACGUAUGAUGGAAAGAGAGAAUAAAAAAUCUAGAGAUACUGCCAGAAAGGAGUAUAAUGAAACCAUUCGAAGUUUUGUACAAUUUGUAAAGAAGAGAGAUCCUCGUGUUAAAAUUGGAAUUAAUGAAUUUGAAAAACAAAAGAAGAAACAGAGACAACAAGAAUUAGAACAGCAGAUUAAACAACAAAAAUUGAAAUCCAUGAUAGAUGAUAAAAAGAAAACUAAUUUCACAGCUCAAGAUUGGCAACAACUAUCGGUAGAAGAAUUACAAGAGCUUGAACAAAUGUUGGAAGAUGAAUAUAACUUAUCAUCUGAUUAUGACUCUGAUAGUGAAUUUGAUGAAUUUGAAAACCCAGAAGAUGAAGUCAUUGACACUUACGAAUGUAUUAUCUGUGAUAAGUACUUCAAGAAUGAGAAACAAUUCCAAGUUCAUGAGAAUUCCAACAAGCAUAAAAAGAAGUUAAAGCAACUCAAAUGGGAAAUGAAGAAAGAAGGUAUAGAUUUAGGGAUCGAUAAGGACGAUAUUGAUUUGGAUGAUUUUGAGACUGCUAGUAGUGAGUUCUCUGAUGGAGAUGACCAAGUCAUUGAGCCAGAAGAUGCAGUGAAUAGAGAUAUUGAUGAUGAUGAUGAUGAAUUAGACAAUUCCUCCCCAGAAGCUCCUGUCCCAGCAGCAGUUCCACAAACGUCUAAGCUUGACUUUGAAGUGGACGAUACAAUAGAUAGUGAUGAAGAGGUACCUGAAAAGGAAGUUGCCGAAGUAAUACAAGCAACCGAUAGUAUUAAGUUAACAGAAAUUGAUGAAGACACUGAUGAUGACUGGUCCACCACCAGUAAGAAAAAGAAAGAUAAGAAGAAAAAGAAGAAGAGUAAAUCUACUGAAGUAUCCAAUAGUAAUAGUAGAGAAUCUACACCAGUUCCAAUUCCAGUGCCAAUUCCUUCCUCAGGUACUGACAUAUGUACGGUAUGCCAUUUAGAGUUCAAUUCUAGAAAUAAACUAUUCCAGCAUAUUAAUACAACCGGCCAUGCAUUGGCUCCUAAGGCUAAUAAGAAAAAGAAAUCGAAGAAGAAGUGAUUGAUGUAUAGUCUAUAGAAUCCCUUAUAUU